AUGAAAUUGAUCCUAAUUCUUUUUGUUGCUAUUCUGGCACUGGUCGCCGCGAAGCCCCAUCCUGGCUAUGGAAGACCGUCGUAUGGAGGAGGAGGAGACUUCGGUGACGGUGGUAGCGGUGGACAAUGGGGUCAGCAGUCGUCUUCAUUCCAACGAAGCCAAAGUUCUGGUGGAUUCCAGAAUAGUGGCGGCGGAUUCCAAGGAGGAAUGGGACCCGGUGGAGGCGGAGUAUGGGGCAGAAAAUAA